AUGCUUAUCUACCCAUUAAUAUUUUCACAAAAGUACACGUACAUAAAUCCUCCAGUUAAUUUAUUCAAACCGCUUUUAGUGCCUAAUUCUUCUCAAAUUAAUACGCCAAGAGCUUUAUUUGCAUCAUUUCACAAUCUAGGAUCACGAAGUCAGUUUGCCUGGAAGGGGCUCGCUUAUCCUCUCCCUAGAUUUACCCCACUUGGAAAACAACCUGGGCUCAUCUUUCAGUCAGCUGCUCAGGGGGACAGCAGCAGCACAUUAGCUGAUAUCCCAACCAGUCUCUUAUUUACUUCUAAUGCCAGCCAAUUGCCAUCUGCACUCACCAAUCUAGGAGAUGUCUGUUUAGAUGCACCAGCAACUGUUAGUUGCAGCAUAGGCAAUCUGCUACCAGAAACUCGUCCGCAUACAUCUCUGUUCACUCGUCCAUUGGACUCACUUGUCCGCUGCAGCCUAGACACACUCUCUUCUGACACUGGCUUUUCAGCCUUCUCAUUGACUACCUCUGAAUAUCGGGCGUCUGGCGAACAAAAUUUCGACUACCAGCUGCAUCCGGACCUUACAGAUGUGAAGAAGGAAGAGGAUAAAUCUACCGGGGACAAAUUGGCGCUCCUCUGUCACACGGGUUCACCUUUUUGGCCAGUUAAAGAGACAAGCACUUUUACUCCGUCAACUCAUACAGCACCCUUACCUCUGAUAGGUGCAGAUUGCGGUGGAGAUGCUGGCUCAUUCGCAUCUCUUGGCCUGCCCAUCAUCAGUACUCGCCCUCUUCAAAAUAGAGAACUUAGCUUUUCUCUUAUUGGCUCGGCAUUGCCAAUUUCAUUCUGGUUAAAGAAGAAUGAACAAAUCAAUUGCACUGGUCGAAAUAGCAGUAGCUCUAUUAAACUGUCCGAUGAUUUGGUUGACUGGCUUUCACCUCGCCAUCAAGAUCUCCCGCCCCUUCUGACAAAUGCAGUUACACCUUAUUCAUCAGAUGGCCGGUGGAAUGGGGCUCCUCUACAUCGUACUCUCACUUCACCCCAUCUAGGUUCUCAUGUCUGGCAAUAUCCGGCCCUCUCUUUCGGUUUAACAGCACAAUUGAUCUGGAAACUGAAACAAAGAGGCACUUUCAUUUGA